UGUGGACGGACAGGUCAGGGGGGCUGUUGGACGCCGGGUAUCUUCUCAAAUGAACUCGCUGCGGUUGUUGAUUAAUCUCUGUCACACCGAUCAUCUUUUGUCACAGAGGACGAGGCGCGACUACCGAAACCGCCAGCAGACAUGUCGUACUGCAGACAGGAGGGUAAAGAUCGCAUCAUCUUUGUGACAAAGGAAGACCACGACACACCCAGCAAUGCUGAGCUGAUUGCAGAUGAUCCCAAUGAUCCGUAUGAGGAGCAAGGCCUAAUCCUGCCAAAUGGAGACAUAAACUGGAACUGUCCUUGUCUGGGCGGCAUGGCCAGCGGACCGUGUGGGUCUCAGUUUAAGGAGGCCUUCUCAUGCUUCCACUACAGUAAAGAAGAGGUGAAGGGCUCCGAGUGCAUCGACAACUUCCGUAACAUGCAAGAGUGCAUGCAGAGGUAUCCUGAGCUCUAUCCCCAGGAGGAAGACAAAGAAAGCUCCUCCCAAGGAGAAUCCAGCUCUGGAUCUGACUCCGCUGCCCCAUCUGACAAUUCUGCCUUAAUAUCUGAGAGUGACUCUACUCCAGCAGCGGCCUCGUCUGACAGCACUUCACCUACAGACAGCCAGAUUGCCAGCUAAAGUCAAUCAGUCUUCAUUUACAGGCUCUUGUUCUCUUCGUGGAAGCACUGGCCAGCGUAAGUGACUCUCCAUGAGGAGCUGUGAUCGGUCUUGUCUCCUGUUCAAACCCUUCGGAGAGGACUUAUCAACACAGCUCUGACACUCAUGGGAAAUACUACAGGCCAUCAGAGAAAGACUUGCAGAGAAAUGUAGCAUAUGUACAAAAAUAUAGCCUGCUUUGUUUGUUGAGCAUUUACAAAUCAUUUAAUAAUAUGAUUACUGACGGUGGGCCAAGCUUCUUGCUGCAGGGACAUUAGCUGAAAGACUCACUUCAUAUGCAAUAGAAAUUUAAUUUGCUGCUUGUUCUCUAGUUCAAUCAGAAGAGCUGUUUGUUAGCAUCAAUUAUGUGUGUUCCCUGUAAUUGUCAGCAUGUCAAGAGAAUCCUUGAACUCUGAUUUAUAACUAAUUAUUCAGUUUGACAGAAAUCUAAUCUUGACAUCUGUUAAUUUAAGCAAUAUUGAGCUUUACUUUUUACCUCAAUAAAAAAUAGGUUUUGACUCUUAGUUCUAUUUGCUUUCCAUCACUUUAGAGACCAAAAUGCAAAUUAUCAGCAAGAAACAAAGGCUGCUGUUAAAACUUCUGUGCCGUUACAUUAUAACGUUUUCGGUUUGUUGGCACCUCGUAGGAACUUCAGGGUCUCCAUCAACAUCUGUUGCAGUAGAAAUAACGGUUGGCAUCGUUCUUUAAUGACUUAGUAUCUGACCUAUCGCAUUUACGUGCGACUGCCUGAUUGUUUUCUGUUGUCUCAACACUGUCUAGAGUCUUCACUUGGAUGCUGUGGUCGCUGUUCACUGUCAUUCAGGCCUUAAAGGACUUGAUGUUUUGUUUUCAAAAAUGUCUGGAUUAAAAUGAUCGUCUAACAA